GGUCGGCGUAAAGGAACUUUAUAAAAGGACCACAACAAUUGAAUCAUUAGAGUUAGAACUUUCUACUAAACAUGGCAGGAUGGAAAACCUAUUUUAAGAAGGGCAAUCGCAACUCUAACAAGAAAGAAGUCUUUUAUUAUAAUGUGGAGGAUUAUGACCUCACCUAUCUUGUACCAAAACGUAUACUUGCGAUAGUCUCGCUGCGUUUCAUGAAAGAAGACUCUAAAUUUAAAAGGUUAUGCUGGAAUACCUUCUAUUGGUUCUCGUUUGGAAAUCUUCUGAUAGCAGCGGCUCAACAGUUCAUCAACAUAGUAAUAAUGGCAAGAAAUUCCACCCUAGGAGAGUCUAUGGAUAUAUUGAGGUCAUUGCCAUGCGCGGCAUAUGCAUAUUUAGCAAUGGCAAAAUCUUUCUAUUACGUGGCGAAACAAGACCUAUACAAGAAUCUAGUGACGGAACUGAGAGAAAUGUGGCCCAAAGGUUUUGUCAGUAAAGAAGAACAUGAUAUCAUAAAUCGUGCCAAAAAGCAACUCAUGUUUGUUACACAAGCUUAUUAUUGGUGCAACAUUUCUCUCAUGAUUAUAUUUAUGGUACCGCCUUUGUAUAUGGCAGUAAAGCGCCUCGCAGGAUACGAAGCUCCUUGGAUGAUGCCCUUUUUUUUCUGGUAUCCUUUCGACCCCUUUCAACCAAUAAUAUAUGAAGUCGCUUUGUGUUUGCAAACCUGGCUUGGAACCACCGUUGUACUGUCAAUUGUGAGUGGGGACACGCUAUUCUGCAUAUUUCUAAGUCAUAUUACCACUCAGUUCGAUCUAUUGUCCCUUAGAAUCAGGAAACUUUUUUACGUGCCUAUAGAUGAUCAACUUAAAAGAACUUAUCCUUUAGGUGUAUAUAGUCUAGAGUAUUUCAAUCGAAAUGAUAAGCAAACAAUGAAGAGCUACGAUGACAAGGAGUGGGAGGUCAUAUACCAGAAAGAGAUUCUAGAAAUUAUACAAAGACACCUAGCUUUGAUCAGGUUAGCAGGCGACGUGGAAAGUUUGAAUGGAUUUCAACUAUUGGUGAAUUUCUUCAAUAGUUCCAUUCUACUGUGUUUCUGUGGUUUUUGUUGUGUGAUAAUUGAAAAAGUUACGGAAAUUUUAUAUAAAAUAUUUCUGAGUGCUAUUUUGCUGCAAACUUGGCUAUUGUGUUGGUACGGACAUAGACUCCUGGAAUCCAGUAUUGGCGUAUCGCAUGCUCUUUACUGCAGCGGAUGGUAUACCACAUCCAAUAGAAUCCGAAAAGUUAUUCUAAUAAUGUUACGCAGAUCCCAAAAAGCGGUUUGUGUGACUACAUACGGAUUCUCUGUCAUUUCUUUAGCAAGUUAUACCAUGAUCAUAAAAACUGCAUGGUCCUACUUCACUUUGCUACUUAAUAUUUAUAAGAAAUAAUGUGUAUACCUAAGUAUUAUAUUAAAGAAUUUUAUGUAUUUGAAGCUCUAAAAAUUUUUAUCUAAAAUUCUUUAUUGUUGCUGCACAACUGUACUUCUUAUAUAGGGGUGCAUUAUACUUACUAAAGAUGUAUAAGUUUGC